CAAAGCAGCUCGAUCAUUCAGUCAGGACACGCUCCUUUUCCUCCUCUUCUUCUCUCAUACCUCAUCAGACCACCUGGAUUGUACCAAAGGGCCAGCUGAGGACGCGCCGCAGGAGAGGAAAAGCGUUUUGGGAGCAGAGCAAACAUUCAGGAUAACGCUUCAUCUGAGCCGGCAGGCUGAAGGCACGGCCAGUGGCACUGCAGAGGCACAGCAGCACAGUGGGCUAAAGCGUCGCUGUGAGAGGCAGAGGAACAUGCGGUCCCGCAGCAACAGUCUGGAGGACGUGACCAAGGCCAAUCCGGAGCAGGAAAAAUCGGACUCACGCAAGGGGUCUGUGGAGCGAGAGGUGCCCUCAGGAAGGGCCGAGCGCCGCAGCAGACACCGGGAGCCGCCGGAUGACACGGGCACCAUUCAGAGGAAUCACAAAACGGCCAAGAACAGCCCCUGUGCCGGUGGGAGUGGAAAUGGAAGUAGUAGUGGGAGUGGGAGUAGCGGUGCUCCAAAGGGAGCUCGGAAGGAGAAGACCAGGGACCUUUCCCGAGAUGACCUUGUCUUUCUUCUUAGCUUGCUGGAGGGAGAGCUGCAGGCCAGAGAUGAGGUGAUCACGGUUCUGCGGGCAGAGAAAAUGGACUUUGCACUGCUGGAGGCCAAAUAUGGCUUUGUCACACCGCCAACAGUCCUGCAGUCCCUGCAAAGAGACGCCAUCCAGGGCAAGGCUGAAAUGUUCCAAGAGGACAUCUACGAGAAGCCAAUGAUAGAGCUAGACAAGCUAGUAGAGAAGCAGAGGGAGACGCACCGGCGGAUGUUGGAGCAGCUCCUGAUGGUGGAGCAGUCGCACAAACAGGCCCUGUUCAAGCUGGAGGACGAGAAGAGGAACCACGGAGAGUUCAUGAAGAAGAGCGAUGAGUUCACCAACCUGCUGGAGCAGGAGCGCGAGAGGCCUCUGAAUAAGUCUGGCAUUGUGACAUGA